CAACCUCUAACUGGGGAAGACGCUCAUAAAGCACAAGCACGGGGUGGGCGGUGAAUCAGCACAUCCCUCCUCCCCGAUCGCACGUCCCCCCUCCUCUUUCCCUUCAAGCACAACGUGCAAGAUGACGAUGCUCCUCUCGCGUCCACGCCUCGCAGUCCUGUUGGCCAUCCUCGCAGUCGUGGCCCUUAGCUCGCUGCAACAGGCAGCUGCGUUUGGUGCCGGAAACAUCCCCUCGUGGGCGUACUUGGAAGGCAAGGCCUUUCGCCAUGGUGACCUCGAGGAUGUCCUCGCAGAGAUUGCCAAAAAGUCUGGCGGACUGCUGGGACGUGGCAGCAAGUUCACCGGCCUUGACAUCAAGCGGGUCUACUUUGGCAACUGGCUCAGAGACUACUCGCAAGCGAUGGAUGUCGGUGCGCUCGAGAAGCUUUCCAAGCAGACCAUCCUCAACAUCGUCAUGGUUCUAGGCUUCCUCGCUUUUGGUUACGUCACCGAAGAAUUCGAAGUCACCGAUGAGCGGCUGUCCGUCUACUCGACGCAAGAGCACAUCGAUAAUCCCAAAGGCUAUGCAGAAGGCAAAGACGCCCGACAAUUCGACUCGCGCCUUCGCGGGCCUUGCGAUCCUCGUGAGCUGGAGAUCGAUCCGCGCAGUGGCAUGAAGAACUACAUUGCCAACGAGACCGGAACCUGGGAUACCACCAGUGCUGUCGUUAAAAAGACGCUUAUCCGCACCAUCGAGAUGGGUCGCCGGGCCAGGAGAAGCGGGAGCAACGAAGAGCUCUUCGAGGCUUACCGCCUCCUGGGGCAAGCAUUGCACACCUUGGAAGAUUUUGCCGCACAUUCAAACUUCUGCGAGCUGGCGCUCUAUAAGCUCGGACACAGGGAUGUGUUCUUGCACGUUGGGGACAAUGUCCGUGUCCAGAGUCCUAUGGGGCCGAUUGCACCGCUCGUGACUGGCACGUUCGGCUCGAGCGAUUUCAUGCAUUCUCUGCUCGGCGAGGCAUCCGACAAGCUCUCAAGCGCAUCUAUCUCCGACCUUUCUGACAAGGUGUCGAAUGCGAAAGCCCAACGCUCGCGCAGCGAAGGCGGAGAUGCGGUUGGGAAUCUGAUAUCCGUGCUUGGCAAGGUGCCUGGUGGUCUGGGCGGCGACAAUGGCGCCAGCGUCAGCCGCGACAUCGAGAGCGUCUCUCGUGGCCCAUCGCAAGACCCUUCGCAGCUGAGUCCGCAGGAGAUGUACAAGAACCUGUGGCGCAUUCUCUCCCUGCGCGAUCGCAUAAUGAAGAGCAUCGAGGCAACCAUCGACCGCAUUCCCGUUCUCAACUCGCUCGUCGAGACGAUAAGCAACGCGGUCAACGUAUUUAUCUACAGCAUGCUCGAGCCGUUCGUCACGCCGCUUGUCCAGCAAGCGUUGGGCGGCCUGCACGCCGGCAGCUCGGCUAUCAUUGACAACGAGGAUCAGUACGAAGUGUUCGACAACCCCAACGCGUCGGAUCCGACGCACAGCAUGCUCUCGAAGGACCACUUUGGGCUUAUCCUCAACGAGGUUGCCGGUAACGUCGCGCAGAUCACCACGCGGGCCGCCGCCAAGCUCGUGGUUAAGGCGUGGGACGACGACAGCAUGGAUGCGACGCACUCGGCGGACACGUGCCUUGCGUCCAUGUUCCACCCGUUCUACCUCAACCCGCAGAACAUGGCACCCGUGCAGAGGGAGAUCAUGGACUACAUGGAGUGCUGGGCGCGCGAGCAUCCAAACGAAAUCAGGCGCCUUGACAAGCACAAUGUGCGCAACCACACCAAUACGCGUUCGGGCAAGGCAGAGGCGCACUCACACGGCGGCGGCAGCGGUGGUGGUCAUCACAACAACAAUAAUAAUCAGAGUAGCAUCCCCGGCGGUGCAGGCGGUGGCUUUGGACACAUGAUGGCCGGGCAGGCGCAAAACUACCUUGGUGGCAAGCUGCAGCAGGCGACAUCGGGCUUCAUCCCGCCGCAGGCUGCCAGCUUCCUCGGACGCAGGGAUCUGGAUGAACGCGCGAUGGGGCGCAGCGAAGGUUUCGGCGGCAACAGCAGCGAAGGAGGCGGGGCGCAUGGCUAUGGCGGCUACGGUGGCACCGAGGGUAGCGGCAGCGGUGCGCCUGGCUUCCCGCAAGAGCAGCCGCACUAUGCCCCGCCGCCUCAAGGCCCGCCGCCGAGGGAGAUGCCGUCGUACUCUUCGCCGGGCUACCCACCGCUGCCACAGCCACAGUACGGCGGCAUGCCUGACCAGGCAUACCCCGGAUACCCGCAACCAGGCAACUUCCACCAGCAGCCUCCCCCACCUGGUCCGCCGCACGCCGGUGGCGGCCCAGAAUAUGGGGGUCAGCAGCAGCAUGGGUAUGGAAGCGGCGGCGGAUAUGGAGGCGGGUAUGGCGGAGGGUAUUGAUAGGCGUCUAUGCGUCCAACUGUGGGCGUUUUGGAAUGUCAUACAAGCAAGGCGUUGGAGCCUAUAGCAGUGCUGCAACUAUGUAUGUAUGUAUGUAUGUAUGUAUGUAUGUAGAUGGAUGACAUGGGUCUCCGCAGGCCCUCGGCAAUUAGAACUUUCAACAUUUCUGCCA